GGCACUCUGCAGAAGUUUGUGGAUGACUUGUUCCAGGUGAUCCUCAGCACCACCCGCCCUGUCCCUCUGGCAGUCAAAUACUUCUUUGACCUGUUGGAUGAGCAGGCCAUGCACUAUGGGAUUGCAGACCCAGAGACCAUCCAUAUCUGGAAGACAAACAGCCUGCCCCUGCGGUUCUGGAUCAACAUCAUCAAGAAUCCCCAGUUUGUUUUUGACGUGCAGACGUCGGAUAAUGUGGAUGCUGUGCUCCUGGUCAUUGCACAGACCUUCAUGGACUCCUGUACGAUAGCUGACCAUAAGUUAGGGCGGGAUUCUCCCAUCAAUAAGCUGCUCUAUGCCCGGGACAUUCCUCGCUACAAGCAGAUGGUGGAAAGGUAUUAUGCAGACAUUCGUCAGACCAUCUCUGCCAGUGACCAGGAGAUGAACUCUGCCCUGGCUGAGCUAUCACGGAAUUACUCAGGUGACCUCAAUUCCCUGGUGGCUCUACAUGAAUUGUAUAAAUACAUCAAUAAGUACUAUGACCAGAUCAUUACUGCCUUGGAAGAAGACCCCACGGCACAGAAGAUGCAGCUCGGUUACAGACUGCAGCAGAUUGCAGCAGCUGUGGAGAAUAAAGUCACGGAUUUGUGACAGGCACAGACAGACUGCUCUCCCCUGGCUGAACGGGCACCGUGCUCGUCCCACCCGUACACAGGGUGUCCUGCUCCCAUUGGAACCGGGCUCUGCAAGGAACCCGUGGGUGACAUGAACAGGGAUGGCCAAGGCAGUACAAAGUACAAGCGGCCUUGCAUCUCAAAGAAUAUUUUUUUACAGUUUUUUCUUUUUAAAAGCAAAACAAAA